UAGAUUCCAGUAGCUCCCAUCUGAAGCACUACCGUAACCUCAGACCUUCAAGGAGUUUAACCCUUACACAAAWUUACGAGUCGAAAGCAGAUACCACAGGUCUUGACACUGAUUCUUACCUCUAAAGCCGCUGAAGUCUUUAUCAAUUUGGUGAUUUACGAUUCAAAGCAUAAAAUAUUCGCUGUUGUUAGUUAUAAACAGAACAUGUCUUUAUAGUAAGGCAUCAAGAGGAGAUCCUGACUAUAAGUUUUGAAAAUAAAUCGGCGAAAACAUUGUCAGGUGAGAUCGAAAGAACUUCAAACAUGACUUCAAAACAAGAGAAACGUCGUCAAAAGCUCGAGAGAAAGACAGCUCGUGUUUUCUUCAGCUCUCCUUUUGGUGGUCUUGAAGAGGAAAGAGAAGAACUCACAAAGAAAUACUGGCCGCAACUGGAGAGUAUGUGUAACCGCGCAGGUUAUGAUUUCAUCCCUGUUGACCUGAGAUGGGGAAUUACUUCYGAGAUGUCAUCCAGUGCUGUUACAAUCAAAGUGUGUCUGAAUGAGAUGGAUAGAUCUGAUAUGAUAGUUGGAUUCUUUGGACAGCGAUAUGGUUGGCAUGGUGACAAUGAGUUACUUCAGAAAAGUUUUGACGUUGCAGCCGAGUACUACCCAUGGUUGAAUGAAUAYCGAGAGAAGAGCGUCACUGAACUAGAGUACCUACACGGACAUCUGAGGAAUCCUGGGGCGAGGGCCGCAUGCUUCUUCUUUAGAGAUAAGGCUUAUGAUGACAUGAAGUUGAAAGACGCACRGGAAAAAGGCGAUGAAAGGGAGAUCAGGAAAUUURUCGCGUCCACGGACGGUCCCCAUGCGGCCGAGAGGCUGGAUGACUUGAAACAAAGAAUAGCUGCAACUAAAGAUAAGUGUCUGGAUGUCCAUAUGAGCUACACCAAUCCUAAAGAAGGAGCUCGUUUAAUGUUCGAGACAAUAGAGAAGUACUUUAAUGACGUAUUACUAGCUAGACCCAGUCUCCAGCUYACACCACGUGACGAGGAAAAUCUCCAACAUGAAGUCUUUCUAGCUAGUCGUCUUGGAAUGGGCGGAGUCUAUGUGGGUGGAGAYAAGUAUUUUGAUAUGGUUGAUAAGUUUUUGACGAACGCUGAUGACCAUGGGAAGACUAAGACCGCGUUGAUUCUUGGGAGUGCAGGUAGUGGUAAGUCAUGCUUCUUGAGCAACUGGAUCACUCAUCAACAGUCAAUUAACCCUGAUGCUAUCGUGGUCUACCAUUUCAUUGGAUCAACCAGUGGAGGUCGAGAUCCUAGAAUCAUUCUUACUCGACUKGUUGAUGAGCUUCAUGACCAGCUCAGCGAGAAAGUCGUCCAAGAUGAAAGCCUUAAGUCAAGCAAGAAUGACGAAGUCCAUAAUUUGGUUAGAAAACUACACGGUUUGAUGUCUAGAGUCAAGACUGAGGGAUGUAAAGCGUACAUYAUCAUYGAUGCUUUGAAUAAAGUCAAGGAAUCUGGACAAACUAUGAAACCUUUAUACUGGCUGCCCAAGGACUUACCAGACAAUGUGUACUUUAUUUUAUCCACGCUUAUGUCGGACAAAGAGAGCGUGGAAGAACUCAAAGAAAGGGAUUGUCACGUGAUUACAAUGAAACCGCUGGACAUUAAAGAACGCGAAGARAUGGCUUUGGCUGCAUUAAAGAAACGAGGAAAGACAUUUUCAACUGAACAACGAAAUAAAAUAUUCCAGAAACAACAAACUGAAAACCCACUUUACUUGGAGACAUUGCUGAAGGAACUCGUUAGCUUUGGUGAAUUCUUCCAGUUGGACAAGUACAUCGACAGUCUUAUCCAAGCCAACGACACCGUUGGGUUAUUUCUUAAAUUUCUGGAACGACUUGAAAAAGAUUACAAUCCUGACGAUUAUGAUGGCAACAUGACCGAGGAGAUAAUGUGCUGCAUCCAUGUAUCAAGACAGGGUCUGUCUGAGAGUGAAAUCAAAUCAAUACUGAACAUAUCCAAUCAAGCCUGGUCAUCAGUGUUCUUUGCAAUGGAUGACUUUCUUACAGAAAGCAAUGGGCUUUACAGCUUUGCAUACGAUGAGCUUGGCUCAGCUGUUUCGAAACGUUACUUGGAGGACAUCGAAAACAAAACGAGAUACAUAGGGAUUGUCGCUGAUUAUUUCGAAGCAAAGCUAAAGGAACGGAGUGAUCUCUACAAUACAACCAUUCCUGAAAGGGUUUAUAUGGAACUGCCUUACCUGCUGAAGAAGUUAGACGAUAAAGAACGCCUGAUUAAUUGCCUUCUAAAACCUCCCAUGUUCUAUUCGCUUAGAAGUGGUGAAAAUAUGUAUGACUUGAUCAACUACUGGAACUGUACGGSUUUGUCAGGCAAGGAGAUCGUUGAUAGACAUACUAAAGUUAUYGAUGACCAGCUGACGCUGUUUUAUAAUGAAGGCAUUGAGCAGGGACACAGUGGCAAUUAUCCCUUGACAAAGGCAAUUCCGUACGUUUACGAACUGGCUCAGUUUCUUGGCAACGCAGGUCACACUGCUGCAGCUCUACCAAUCACAGAGCGAGUUUUACAGAUGCAGAAAACUGUACAUACUGCUGAUGAAAUAAAAAACGAUCCUGGCGUAGCCUUGGACUAUGUUAAUGUGGCCAAUACUCUAGCCUGUAUGUAUGUAGACACAGAGGAAUUCAGCAAGGGAGAGCAACUACACAAAGAAGUAUUGGAGCUUGAGCAGAAAUACGAAACGGUAUUUGAUGAAGGGAAAAGACAACUAGCUAAAACGUUUAAUGGUCUCGGUGUUCUKAUGUUCAGACAAUCAAAGUGUCAAGAGGCAUUGGAUUAUUACCAGCAAUCAAUAGAUAAACACCGCGAAGGCAAUUCCCCACCACAAGAGGUCGCUGACAUACUUAACAACCAGGGUGCAGUCUACCAUCUUCUAGGCCAGUGGGAUGAUGCCGUCAAAGUAUUCACUGAGUCUCUAGAGAUAUAUGAAGAGGCAUACUUUGGAAGAUUGCCAGCGGACGUUGGUGGAACAAUACUUAACCUUGCCAUGGCUUAUCGUAGACUUGAAAGAUACGAGGAAGCUGAGCCCCUAUACCUUAGAGCAUUGCAAAUACGAGAGAAUGCUUACGGUUUGAACCAUCACGAGGUUGGACAGACAUUACUCAGCUACGCUGCAUUAUGUCUUAACACAAAUCCCGCAAAGGCAGCUGAAAUUUCCAAAAGAGCGGCAGAUAUAUAUGAGGAAAGCUUUGGUCUGGAUCACAUCAAUACAUUGAAUGCAUUGGAGAACAUUGCUUUGGCAUACCUCUUCCUGCAGAAACCACAGGAGGCCCAUCCUUAUUUUAAGAGAGCCGGUGAAAGGAAAGAAGCCACUGACCGCAURGACACUUCGAUCCAACGAAUGAAUGCUGUAAUGGCCGACCACUACUUAAACUCAGGCCAGAACGACGAGGCUCGUUUAUUAUUUCGUCGGAUUGUUAAGGCAAACUUUGCGACUGAUCGUGAUUUUGCAGCACUUGAUUACCUGGACUGUGAGCUUCCUACCAACAAGCGACCAAAAAGACCAAGGGAACAAACGAUAUAUCAUGGCAUUGAGAAAUUUCCCAACAGUGUGAUGAUACUUGGUCGAUUACAAGUUCACUACUCAGAGAAAGGCAAAGCAGAUGAAAUGCUUCAUGUUCUUGAAAAGGGAGAAUUUGGUGUCGAGCAUUACAACAAUGCCUACCAAGCAUUUGUAGAAAAUAAACAUAAGAGAGCAGGAAUCAAGCUUUUGGAAAUAGCACAUGUGAAAUUCCCUAAAGAUACUAUUAUCUUACACAAUCUUGCUUCUGCACAUUUGUCGUAUAAAGACUAUUUAAAAUCAGCGGCUUACUUCAAGAAUUUAUUUGACCUCGACCCCAGUGACGUUACAUGCCUAGAAUCGUACGCAAAGGCCGUUUCAUUGGCUGGUAGACCACAUGAAGCACGCGACCUUUACGAAAAAGCCGUCAAAUUAGCGGAGAAGUCUGAUGACCAUGAGUUGAUUAAAAGACUUCAUGCCUCAAUGAAACUACUGAAUGAGAUGUAACGCCAUGUUAUGUCAAAAACGUCAAUGAAACCCACUGGCACAACGUUGAUAACUGAUGUCAAUCAUAGUAGAAACAAUCACAAUAAGGGAGUAAAUUAGUAAAGCGAUGGGGGUCAGACCCCUUAGAAAAUAACAAUAAUAAUAACAAUAAUCGUUCACGAAAGUAUGGGACAAAAAAUUAUACAAUUGGGCAAAAAAUAGAAAAAUAAAUAAAACAAAAUAUUAAUUUAUAACAAUAAGUCAACAGUGAAAACGGCUACACAGACAGAUGCCAAACGAAAAUGAAAAGGCAAUUUGCAGAGAUGACAUUUUGUGCAACAAGGAAGGUUCGGAAAUGUAGUCCUUUUUGCACUUUUUCGUGACCAAUAGAAGUUCUCAUUUUAGUUGUUUUCGCUUUUUCUCUGCAGAAAUAGAAGUACUUGUGACAUUUCUAUAAAGAAAAUAUAAAAAGGCUUUUAAGGAGAUUUUUUAGACACCAUGCAAAUUGCAAAUUCCAUCAUGCUUUAUUGUAUAAAACAAAUCGACGACGCUUCAGAUUGCCUAUUCACRCGCUGUGAAUUUCAUAUAUCUAUGUCAUGCGCAUCUCAGUCAUACAACUUUACCAAAAAUCAAUGCAGGAUUUAAAAUCGUAGAACAAAAGAAAUCAUUACCUGAAAUGGCACAUGUGAAAACUAAACUUUUAAGAAGAUAGAUUAGUACUCCUUUACCUGCGUGAGAAUAUGGUUGAAUAAAAUUAUGCAAUUUGAUUGUCUUGAGGAGUGGUAUUCAUCCUUGAUAAUGGCAUUUUAAAUUGCACAAUUUUAUUCAACAUUUUAUUUGCUUCGCUCGUAAAAUUUUGUUCGACAAUUUUGAAACAUCAAGCGUGGUAUCUAUCCCAAAUACCACUACAAAACAUGCUAUUACCUAUACAAAUACACCGUUAUUUAACGUAAUACGCUUUAAAUUGUGCACAUGUUUUCUUAUCAGUGUAUUAAAAAAAUAACACCU